AUGACGGGAUUAGCAUCAAGAUGGGCUACUGAUGAAACAUUGGUCAAACAAGCAAUUGACCAAGACUCAAAACUGCUGCAACAACACCACAACCACAACCACCACAAAAAAUCUGGGUCAGAUCUUGAAGAUAGCAAAUGGAGUAAACCAAUAACGAGCAAAAAAUCUGAAGCAUUAGUGAGUAUGUGGGCUGAUGCUGAGGAUACACUGAAUCUGUAUCCAUCUCCACCACUGUCAAGAGAUAGUCAUGGUAAACACAGGAAUGAACGUCGAAAAUCAGAUUCUCAACAUAGUCACCACAAGAAAAGAGAGAAUGUAUCUCCACGGAAGACCAAGCACAACCAUGACAGUACACCAAGAGUGAGACGUGACUCCCCCACUCAUGAGGACGAUGAAGACAAUGAAAGAGGACCAAUGACUCCGGCUGCAAAGGCAUUUGCUGCACGAUUUGAUAAACCCACGGAUAAAACAGCUGGAAAUAAACACGACCAUAACCGUUCAACAGAUGGUAACUCACUAGCUGAAAGACUCGACAAGUUGAGUGUUAGUAAACAGAAAAAACCUAACCAUAGACCACACAACACAGGCAGUGUUAAACUGGAAACACCAAGACAAGAUAAAAGUGUGGUGGCCUCAGAAGAGGAUAAACAGAAGGAGGAGAAAGAAAAGGAGGAAUUGCUCAAGAUGUUGGAGGAGUUAGAGUCGCAACAUUUAGACUGGGCAAGCAUGGAAUAG